CCCAGAGGAACUCGUGUCUCAAACUCUGCUUCGCAGGAUAGAGACAUUUCAAUUAUAUCCAUGCAGCAUAACGUCGCUCCUGCAAAAACCAGAUCAACAUUCAAUGUGAUGACAUUCAUAUCAGACAUGAAAAACAAUUGAAGAACGUUAAGAAAAUGCUGGUUGAAAAAGCUAGACUGAAUUCAGUUGAAGGUUAACAAAUGAUUGAUAUGAUUCAAAGGCUGGGACUUGACCACCGCUUUGAAGAGGAGAUUCAAGAAACUGUUCGAAAACACUAUCUGGAGCUUGAAACUCAAAGCCAUGGCUGCACAGAUCAUGAUGAUCAUCGCCAGCUCUCUGAAGUUGCAAUGCAAUUUCGCUUAUCAAGACAACAACGUUAUAAAGUAGAUUCAGGUGUGUUUGAGAACUUCAAGGACAUGAAGGGAAGACUGAGCCAAAAAUUUUGGGGAAACAUUGAAGGCUUGAUUGAACUGUUUGAAGCUUCACAGUUAAGUAUGGAAGGAGAAGAUGAUCUUGAGGAAGUUGGGAACUUCGCGUACCAUCUCCUUAGUUCAUGGCGUUCAAGAUUCCAUGAUCAUCAUGAAGCUAAUGUUAUUGCAAAUACACUUAAGUACCCAGUUCACAAAAGUCUGCCAAGGUUCACACCCAGAAGUUUCCUUUUUCCAAAAUCCCAACUUGACAAUGGAUGGUUAAUGCCGCUACAAAAUCUAUCCCAAAUGGAUACCCAAAUAGUUAACUCAAUCAACCUCCAGGAGAUAUACGCGGUAUCUAAGUGGUGGAAAGGCCUAGGUUUGGCCAAGGACAUGAAGUUUACAAGAGAUGAACCAAUAAAGUGGUACAUGUGGUCCAUGGCAUGCCUCACAGAUGCUUGCUUUUCAGAAGAAAGGAUUGAAAUCACAAAGCCCUUAUCUCUGGUGUACAUAAUUGAUGAUAUAUUUGAUGUUUAUGGAAGUAUGGAUGAACUCUCUCUCUUUCUAGAUGCAGUCAACAGAUGGGAUUUGGGAGCAACUGAGCAAUUACCAGAUUACAUGAAAGCAUGCUUCAAGGCUCUCUAUGAUAUAACCAAUGAAUUUUCCAUUAAGGUUCAAAACAAACAUGGGUGGAACCCUAUAAACACGUUAAUCAAAUCGUGGGUGAGACUGUGCAAUGCAUUUUGGGAAGAAGCAAAAUGGUUUAGUUCAGGGAAGUUACCAAAUGCUGAGGAAUAUUUAAAGAAUGGGAUUGUGAGCACAGGAGUGCAUGUGUGCCUUGUGCACGCCUUCUUCAUAUUAGGUCAAGGCAUUAACAAAGAAACUGUGGCUCUCAUGGAUGGCUUUCCAAUCUUGGUAUCCUCAACAUCCACAAUUCUAAGGCUUUGCGAUGACUUACAAGGUGCAGAGGACAAUAAUAAAGCUGGUAAAGAUGGGUCCUAUCUCAACUGCUACAUGAUGGAUCACCCUGGAGUUUCUGAGGAAACAGCAAGAGAACAUGUCAAACGUCUGAUCUCACAUGCUUGGAAGUGUCUCAACAAAGAAUGCUUUGCUUCGUCAUCAUCAUCGAAUCCAUUUCCCUCGUCUUUUGCAAAAUAUUGUCUGAAUUGUGCAAGGAUGGUGCCUAUGAUGUACAGUUAUGAUGACUGUAGCCCAUCAAGACUAGAAGGGCAUGUGAAAUCUUUGCUAGGUGGUGAUAAUAAUGGUACGAUCAGAGAGAGGAUUCGAAAAGAUCAGGCCCCUGUAUUGUAAAAAUAUGACAGCAGUGUUGUUAUAAAAAUAAGAUCAUUAGCAGUGCCCAACAUCUUGCAAAAUUUCCAUGUGUUAGCAUAGAA